AUGAGCAGCCCAUUACCUCGGGCCGCUGCUGGACCAAAUGGCCUCCCUAAGCAAAGGGCUGGUCUAACAAGUAUAGAUGCCCGCCGACCAAACACUCCAAGCAAUGUGUUUGCUUCUCUCAAGGCCACUCAGAUCCUCACUCUGAAGCCAGUUCUACCUGCCGAACUCAUUGCUACCAUCCUUGACUACCUCCCCGUCUCCGACUUGAUAACAUGCGCUCGAGUAUCCAAACGCUUGCAAGAGAUGGUAUAUGAUGACACAAGAUGGGUAGCCAGAUUAAAAGAUAUGGGUGUGUGGAAUGAGAUUGAAGCACGACAACGAUACGAAGAAUCAAAAAAGAAGAGGCUCAGUGGCCGUCCGCAGGUUGACCGCAAUCUAACACUAUUCGACGCACACGAUGAAGAAGAGAAAGCACGGAAGUCACUGGAACAAGCUGCAACACCCAGGCGACCGCGACACAGCAGUGUGACCGAUGGCUUUGAUGACAUGACUCUAUCUCAAAACCCUAUCUUUGACGCAAAAGCUGCCACCACUGCUCUGCGAAGGGUUCGUUCGAUCCGAGGCCAAGCUAGACAAGAGUACGGCAAAGUUCAUGGUGCUCUGGGUCCCUUUUACUACAAUCUAGUCCGAUCAGAAAACUCGUCCGACCCAGCCAUUUUUCGUCUUGUUCAAGACCCUGAGCAGCAGGCUCGUAUUCUUGCGGAUUUGAGGGUCUUCGCACGUAGCGACGGUGCCCAAAAGUGGCGCCAACGGCAAGACAAGCUCGAAUCCAUGCUCGGUAUUUUUGAGAAUGCUAUGAUCAGUGAAUUCGAGCAGGCAUACCAGGCGCAAGAUGUCGAUCGCAUGAGACGAUAUGCUCAUGUCUUGGUUUCCCUAAAUGGUGGGGCUGCAGGUGUCGACAUCUUCAUUUCAAAUCACCCUUAUAUGCGCCGGAAGGAUCAGACCGGAAGUCCGUUGGAAUCUUUGCAAGAUGUCGCUCCUGGACACGUGGAUCUGAACCCUUCCCAAAGGUUCUUCGAGAAACUGGCUUCGAUGUUGUCGAUGCAAUCUUCACUCAUUGAUCAAGUCUUUCCAAGCUCCGUCAACGUCCUCCUUCCUUUCACGACUCGCGUCUGUGAAGACAUCGUCUCCGACUACAUUACGACUCUUUUCAUCGAAGCUCAUGAGAACAAUGUGGAAACAUACCUCAAGGCUGUAUCUGGAAUAUUUGAACAAGCCAUGCGCUUUGCAGUCUCAAUCCAACCACCCAAAUCAUCUGGUACCGAUUUCCAUGAUCAGAUAAAAGCGGUCAUCUCCCACAUCUUCGAGCCACAUGUGGAUCGCUACCUUACAGAAGAGCUUGAUUACUUCACCUCAAAGUGCAAUGACGAAGUCGGUGCCUGGGAGAAGCGACUCUCAGAUCAAGAGGCAGAGACUGAAUCGUUCUUCAUGUCGGGCGUGAACAGACAAGCCGCCAAACGCGAUUUCCUAUCUUCAUUCAAGAAAGUGGUCAUGAUGCCCGUGAACGCCCUACCAACCUUCCCAUCUGCAAACAAGGCGGCGCCUAUAGUCGAGGCCCCGAGCACGGAACAGACUUCGCGACCUGAAACACCAGAUACUCCAACCCCAUCUAGACCGGCGCCAACAACAGAGCUGGCAGCCAAAACUGCCAUUAUGAAUUCACGACUUGAAGGGAUCAAGACCUUGUUCAGCAUCGAGGUAGCGUUGAGUUUGAUCCAUCAUGCGAAAGCAUCAAUCGAGCGAGCCGCCAUCUUCAUUCGUAUGGGCGACAAAUACGCAACCUUGACGAAAGAACAGUGCGAUAAAAUUUUCAUCAGCCUUCUGGAGAUUCUCGGUCGAAGACAUAUCCAAAACGGUUUCGACAAGGCAGUAGGUCAUCUGAGCAGUUACAACCCGCGUGCCGUCAAAGAGUUCCGCUCAGGACAAACAGAAAAGGAAGGGGCCGCCGGUGGAGUCGAGCCACUAGUGACCUUCCUCGAACUUGUCAACGUUGGAGACCUGAUCCAACAGAUGGUUGAUGUGUUUUACAUGCAAGAGCUAGUCACACCUGGUCUUACCGACCGCGAUGACUUCCUGAACCCAGCAGUUAAGGAAAAGAAACGCUUCGAGCAAAUGUUAGAUGAGCGUGUAGCAGCAGGCAUGGGGAAGGGUAUCGAUGUCCUCAUGGACGAGGUCGAGUACAUGUGCGCAACACUCCAGCUCACCGCCGACUUCAACACGGACGCCGUGGAUGCCAAAAACCUGACAGCAAACGAUAAACGUGCCAGUAUGAUGGGCCUCGUGGAUAUUGGACCUACGGAGACCGCCAAACGUAUAGUGGAUACCAUUCAACAGCACACAGGCAUGUUGGUGGGCAGCACGGAUAAGAACAUGCUGGACGUGUUCAAUCAAGAAGUCGGGUUGAGGUUGUUCGGUGUGCUGUGCAAGCAUAUAAAACGCCAACGCAUCAGUGUCGAUGGAGCGAUAAAACUGAUCAGCGACGUCAACCUCUACAGCUCCUUCAUCACUUCACUACGCCAAAAAUCCCUAUUACCUUACUACUCGGCCCUCCGAGAACUCUCACAGAUCUACCUCGAACUGGCGACCAUUAUUGCAGACAACGACAGAUACCAUGGCAUCUUCCGCGCAGAGGAAGUCUAUGAAUUUGCGGAAAGAAGGGCGGAUUGGUAUGCUGUGAGGAGGGAUGUCGAGAGGGCUAUGUAUGGUAUCGGAUGUAUGAUCAUGUAA